GGCGGCCUCUCCGCUCGCGGCGGCGGCGGGCGGCAGGCAGCUGGGCCGGCCUGGCCGUGCUCCAGAGGCGCGGAGCGGGUUAAAGUGUGCGCCGGGCCGGCCGGCGGGGCGGCGGGCGGGGGAGCAGCCUGGUGGGAAGUGUGAGUUCCUCCCCGUCUGCCUGACAGCUAUAAAGGCCGCCGCGCCCGCCCGCCCGGCCGCCGCUGGGCUGCGCCUCCCUGGGAACCCCCUCUCGUGGGUGCGCUUUGAAGUGGAGGAGGGAGGCGGCGAGGGGCGGGGGAGCAGACGGGAGAGAGGCACAGCCCGCGGCCCUCGGCAUCCGAGCCUCCCCCUGCGCCGCGCACCUGGCCCGCCUGCCCGCGGCCGCGGCCCCUUCCCCCGCGAGGACACCCUGCCGAGCACCGGCCAGGAUGGAGGGCAGAUGGCAGCCUUCAUGCUGGGCCUGGUCCCUGCUGGCUAUGGCCUUAGUGACUGGGAGCGCGUCGUCCACGGGGACCACGGGCACGGGGUCGGCAGGCCCGUCUGGCCAGGCGCUCCAGCCUCCUUUUAACCGUCGUGGGGCCUCUCACCCAGGACAACAGCCCGACGUCCAACAGCCUGGAGGUGGGCCCCGACGCCACCGCCUACUGGUGGGGAGAGUGGACCAAGUGGACGGCAUGUUCCCGCAGCUGCGGGGCCGGGGUGACGUCCCAGGAGCGGCACUGCCUGCAGCAGAGGUGCUGGUGAAGACAUCCGUCACGGGCGCCGGGAACCGGACCUGCGCGGGCACGUCCAAGAGGUACCAGCUAUGCAGAGUGCAGGAGUGUCCGCCGGACGGGAGGAGCUUCCGUGAGGAGCAGUGUAUCUCCUUCAACUCCCGUGUGUACAACGGGCGCACGCACCAGUGGAAGCCACUCUACCCGGACGACUACGUGCACAUCUCCAGCAAGCCGUGUGACCUGCACUGCACCACCGUGGACGGCCAGCGGCAGCUCAUGGUGCCCGCCCGCGACGGCACGUCCUGCAAGCUCGCCGACCUGCGAGGGGUCUGCGUGUCUGGAAAAUGUGAGCCCAUCGGCUGUGACGGGGUGCUCUUCUCCACCCACACGCUGGACAAGUGUGGCGUCUGCCAGGGCGACGGGAGCAGCUGCACCCACGUGACGGGCAACUACCGCAAGGGCAACGCCCACCUGGGUUACUCUCUGGUGACCCACAUCCCGGCUGGCGCCCGAGACAUCCAGAUUGUGGAGAGGAAGAAGUCUGCGGAUGUGCUGGCUCUUGCAGAUGAAGCCGGCUACUUCUUCUUCAACGGCAACUUCAAGGUGGACAGCCCCAAGAACUUCAACAUUGCCGGCACCGUGGUCAAGUACCGGCGGCCCAUGGACGUGUAUGAGACGGGCAUCGAGUACAUCGUGGCUCAGGGGCCCACCACCCAGGGCCUGAACGUCAUGGUGUGGAACCAGAAUGGCAAGAGCCCCUCCAUCACCUUCGAGUACACUCUGCUGCAGCCGCCGCACACCCACCGCCUCCAGCCCAUCUACUACAGCUUCUCGGAUCCCGCCUCCGACAGCGUGGAGAGCCAGGAGCUGGACGGGGCUGGGCUGGUGGGCUUCCUGCAGCACAACGCCUCCCUCUUCGGCCAGGCCUCUUCGGAGCGGCUGGGCCUGGACAACCGCCUGUUUGGCCACCGGGGCCCAGGGAUCGAGCUGGGUCUGAGCAGAGGCCAGGAGACCAACGAGGUGUGCGCGCAGGCCAGCGGCAGGGCCUGCGAGGGGCCCCCCAGGGGCAAGGGCUUCCGAGACGGUAACGCCACCCGGACAGCUCUGGCGGGAGACUCGGAUGACCGAGAGGCCGACGCCCGUUUCGCCUCCCAGGAGCUGCUCUCACCCAAUGCCAUCUCCGACCAGCUGCUGGGUGCAGGCUCCGACUCCAGGGAACUCCCCCUCAACGAGACCGUCAACAGCAUCUUCGCCCAGGGUGCCCCGAGGGGCUCCCCGGCCGAGAGCCUCUACCUGGACUACGAGGAGAGCGAGGGGGCCGGGGCUUACCUGCUCAACGGGUCCUACCUGGAGCUGAGCAGCGACAGGGUGGCCAACACCUCCUCCGAGGCCCCGUUCCCCAACGCCAGCGCCAGCCUCCCCGCCUUGGCCGGGAACCGGACGCAGAAGGCCAGGACCAGGCCCAAGUCCCGCAAGCAGGGCGUGAGCCCCGCGGACAUGUACCGGUGGAAGCUCUCGUCCCACGAGCCCUGCAGUUCCACCUGCACCACAGGUACCCGAGACGGCCGGGGGCGCCCGCGAGCCCACCUCCACUGCGGGCGGGUCAUGUCGACCUACGCCAUGUGUGUCCGCUACGACGGCAUCGAGGUGGACGACAGCUACUGCGACGCCCUGACGCGGCCCGAGCCUGUCCAGGAGUUCUGUGCAGGCAGGGAGUGCCAGCCCAGGUGGGAGACCAGCAGCUGGAGCGAGUGCUCGCGCACCUGUGGCGAGGGCUACCAGUCACGCAUCGUGCGCUGCUGGAAGAUGCUGUCGCCCGGCUUCGACAGCUCCGUGUACAGCGACCUGUGCGAGGCGGCGGAGGCCGUGCGGCCCGAGGAGCGCAAGACCUGCCGGAACCCGGCCUGCGGGCCGCAGUGGGAGAUGUCCGAGUGGUCUGAGUGCACGGCCAAGUGUGGGGAGCGCAGCGUGGUUACCCGGGACAUCCGCUGCUCGGAGGACGAGAAGCUGUGUGACCCCAGCACCAGGCCUGUGGGGGAGAAGGACUGCACAGGGCCCCCCUGCGACCGCCAGUGGACCGUCUCCGACUGGGGGCCGUGCAGCGGCAGCUGUGGGCAGGGCCGCAUGAUCAGACACGUGUACUGCAAGACCAGCGACGGGCGGGUCGUGCCCGAGUCUCAGUGCCAGAUGGAGACCAAGCCGCUGGCCAUCCACCCCUGCGGGGACAAGAACUGCCCCGCCCACUGGCUGGCUCAGGACUGGGAGCGGUGCAACACGACCUGCGGCAGAGGUGUGAAGAAGAGGCUGGUCCUGUGCAUGGAGCUGGCCAAUGGGAAGCCGCAGACGCGCAGCGGCCCCGAGUGUGGUCUGGCCAAGAAGCCCCCCGAGGAGAGCACCUGCUUCGAGAGGCCCUGCUUCAAGUGGUACACCAGCCCCUGGUCUGAGUGCACCAAGACCUGCGGGGCGGGUGUGCGGAUGCGCGACGUGAAGUGCUACCAGGGCACUGACAUCGUCCGGGGCUGCGACCCGCUGGUGAAGCCUGUUGGCAGACAAGCCUGUGACCUUCAGGCUUGCCCCACGGAGCCCCCAGAUGACAGCUGCCAGGACCAGCCGGGCACCAACUGCGCCCUGGCCAUCAAGGUGAACCUCUGCGGCCACUGGUACUACAGCAAGGCCUGCUGCCGCUCCUGCAGGCCGCCGCACUCCUAGGCCCGGCGGCCGCCCCUCAGAGACCAAGCACCCCGUCCCUGGGGCCGCAGCCGCCCCUUCACGGACACCCUUCCUGCAGGGCGCCCAGCUGUGAAGACGUGACACUGAGCCCCUGCUCUCCCUGGGCAGGAGAGCCCCCCACCCCUGGCGCGCCUGUCGGCACCCCCACCCCGGGACAGAGCUGUGAGGAUGGCUCCCCGCCCCCCCAGGGGCCCGGGAGCACGCCGUCUCCCUGCAGGGCCGCAGGCCCAGGAGACAGGCAGGGGCCGCGGGGGAGCCCGGCGCCUCGGGGGACUCCCUGCGGGGCACUCGUAAUCUCACGACUUAGCAUCGCUCGCCUCCCCGACCGGAAGCUCUUGGCACGAGGGACCCACCGCACUUUACGCCCGGGAGGGGCGUCCUUCUCACGGCCCGAGGCCGCGCUGUCGUCGGGCAGUAAUCUCUGUAUGUUAAUAAAGUGGUUGUAUUUAUGGUGGCA